AUGUCUGGAACUAACGUCACCUUCAUUGGCCUCGGCAACAUGGGCCGGGGCAUGAGCACCAACAUCGCCAAAAAAGGCCCCCAAGCAAGCUUAACUCUCUACAACCGCACAACCGCCCGCGCAACCGCCCACGCCGCCACACUAGAAGGCAAUGUGAAAGUAGCAAGCACACUCCCCGAAGCCGUGAAGGACGCCGACAUAAUCUUCAUCUGCGUCGGCGACGACGCAGCCCUCGACUCCAUCACAACCGGCGUCCUGGCUGACACUUCAAUCGACUUCUCCAACAAGACAGUUGUCGACUGCUCAACUGUGCACCCCGAUACAUCCCGCCGCACAGAAGCAGCCUACGAAGCACGCGGCGCAUCCUUCGUCACAAGCCCCGUCUUCGGUGCCCCGAACAUGGCAGAUAUCGGUGCUCUGAUCGUCGUGCCCGCUGGUAAACAAGCCGCCAUCGCAAAGGCCCGCCCAUUCUACGAGGGUGUCACAGCUGCAAAGUCGAUUGACCUGUCUUCUGGGACUGGGGCUGAUAUUGACGUUGGACGCGCGACUACGAUGAAGGUUAUUGGAAAUACAUUCAUUCUUAAUACGGUCGGUGUGCUUGCUGAGGCCUUGACUGCUGCUGAGACUACGGGAUUGGGCGUGGAGCCGUUGAAGGAGUGGAUUGAGUUGUUUGCGCCGGGGCCGUUUGCUAAGUAUGCGAACCGCAUGGUGUCGGGGGAUUAUUAUAUGCGUGAGGAGCCUUUGUUUGCUGUUGAUCUCGCGCGGAAGGAUUUAAGACAUGCUUCUGCCUUGGCUAAGGAGGGUGGACAGCGGAUGCGGAAUGUAGAGGUUACGGAUCACUUGCUGUCUGUCGUUAAGGAGGAGAAGGGUGUGCAGGGUGAUAUUGCGGGUGUUUAUGGUGCUGCGCGGAAGGAGGCUGGUUUGGAGUUUGGUAAUCAGAAAUGA